AUCCCUUUCCCUUCAGCGCUUCCUUCUUUUCCCCAAAAGAAGCAGAAAUUCAUCUCCAGAACCGAAGCAAAAAUUUGCAAUACCCUUUUUAUCUGGAGAGAUGCCUGAGGGAAAAGCAUCCGUGCGCAACAUGGUGAGUUCAAUUGCCGAUGGCGCAUCAAAGCAAAAAUCGGUAUCCUCCCCUGAAGAGGAAAAUUCAGUUAAACACAAUAAACUGUUUGGGCGUGAGAAACCAGUACAUAAUAUUCUCGGAGGAGGCAAAUCUGCUGAUGUAAUGCUGUGGAGAAACAAGACAAUCUCGGGCAGUGUUUUGGGUAGUGCUACCAUCAUAUGGCUUCUGUUUGAGUGGCUCAACUACCAUUUACUUACUCUCAUUUGCUUUGCGAUUGUUAUGCUGAUGCUCGGGCAAUUUCUCUGGGUAAAUGCUAUCGAAAAGUUCAGCAGCACCCCAAUUAAACUCCCCCGUAUCGUCAUACCUGACCAUGUAUUCGUCAACAUUGCCAAGUCAAUAGGCGGUGAGAUAAAUCGCGGUUUGGGCUUCCUUCAAGACAUUUCCUGUAGUGGGAAUAUGAAGCAGUGCCUACUUGUUGUAGCAAGCUUGUGGGCUACUGCUGUGAUCGGAAGCUGGUGCAACUUUAUCACAGUUGCAUACAUUGGUUUUGUUGCUGCCCACACGCUCCCGGUGCUUUAUGAAAGGUACGAUGAAACAAUCGACAGCGUUAUGGACAUGAUAUUUGAUAAGCUGCGGCACAAUUUCCGAACGCUAGAUGCCGGAGACCUCAGCAAAAUUGCGAGUAACAUCACAGAAAAGAAGGCUGAAUAGAUGCGCUGCUGUAAAUGAAGAAGUUGAAGCUACAAUAUUAAGCAAAAGCUAUGUAUAUAUAUAAUGCUGUUGAUGGGUCUCACACCAUACAUAGUUUAUUUUCCUAGGAUUACUUUCAUAUUAUAAUAUAAUACCAUGUUCAUUGGCAAAUUUUGAAAUAUAUGACAUGGUUGUGGUAAAAGUCCAUUUGUUAUAUGCACAAUGCAUGAAUAUAGAAUUUAUACUAUUAAUAAAAACAAAAUCUUCAAUUUUAGCUUUUCACCCAAAAUACUCG